AUGGUGAGAACUGCAGUGUCACUCGGCGUUCUAUGUGGUAUGACUUGCGUGGUAGCAUGUCUCUGGGCUGCCAUCAUCAUCGUCAACGACAUCAAUCAGAUGUAUCGUGACGUCAUGGGCGAGCUAGGAUCAUUUCGAAAUGUUGCUGACGAUACUUGGGACGAAAUGAUGAUGAUGAGAAGCGUUGGCGACACUGCAGAACACUACGUUCGUGGAAUAUUCGGUCGGCAUAAAAGAAACUAUAAUCAAUGCAAUUGCGGAUUGCCUGCUCAGAACUGUCCGCCCGGUCCACCUGGCCCCCCUGGGGUAGCUGGUGAGCCAGGAGAAAUUGGGCAAGACGGAAAAAACGGUCCUAUUGGGCUGCCCGGACUUAUUAUUGCGCAAGUUAAUGACUUUCCAAAGGGAUGUAUUAAAUGCCCGCAAGGACCUCCUGGACCAGAUGGACUACCUGGACAGGAAGGAUUCCAAGGCAUGCCAGGAAAGCCAGGAGAACUUGGGGCACCAGGAAAAGAUGGAUUGCCUGGAGCUCAAGGCGAACCAGGAGAUCAGGGACCACCUGGAAGCGACGGACAGCCUGGAAUGCCUGGAUCGCCUGGGAGGGAUUGUCUUACUGGAAAAGGAUUGCCAGGACUGCCUGGCCGCCCAGGUCUCCCUGGACCACGUGGACUCCCUGGAAUGGAGGGCUCUCCUGGAGAGCCGGGAAUAGAUGGAAUUGAAGGUCCGCCAGGACAUCCUGGCAAAGAUGGAUUCAAUGGAAUGGAUGGCACACCAGGACAGGCUGGUCCUCAAGGGAAUGUCGGUGGUGAUGCUGAGUACUGCCCAUGUCCUGAAAGAAAGUUCAAGUUCUAG